AUGGGACAUUCACUCAGCCCUGCCAAGUGGCUCAACAGGCUUCCAUCCUUUACAAGGAUAGCCGCAGAGAAAGAUAAUUAUGAGACUAAACAAGAAACAGCAGGGGCCUUGGACUCAUUAGUCACCUCUGGACCACACCUGGUAAAUGAUGAGUAUCCCAGGCCAGAACCAUCAGUCCCCUACAGCCCAGCUCUGGCUCUCUUGGCCACUCCUCCUUUAGCAUCAGUAUCCAUCUGCAGCCCUUCCCUCUCCCCUCAGCCAGACCACUUGGCAGCAAUGGCGGUCGCAGGAGGUUCAUCUGUCUGCAUGCAACAGGGUCCUGGGGCUUCUGUUGCUGCCUCCUUUUCUUAUGUGCUUACCUAUGCCUUAGCCCCAGCAGCUUUCAGUGCCUCUUCCCCACCCUAUGGGAGGUCUAGCUCCUUGGGGGGUCUAGAAUGCAGCCCCUACCUCUCAGCCAUGGGUGGGCAUGGUUCUUCAAUCGGGCCCCUUCCUGCCCCUGGUAUGGGACCCCACUUGGGCCAGUCAUUAGCCUCCCUGUCAGGUCAGAGUUUUGGAGCUGGGGGCCUGGACUUCAGUCCCAUGGACUGCCUGGAUUACAAAGACCCCAUCUGGAAACUCAAUUUUUGCAUAGCAGCUGAUUGCCUGGAUUACAAGGAUCAGGGAUCAUGGAAAUUCCAGGUGUUAUAG